AUGGCGACUGCUCCGAGCAACUUUGCCUUCACCUCCAGCCUGCCAAACUUUGAAUGUCCGACAUUCUUCAGCGGAUGGCUCUGCCCGCCCCCAAAUGCUUGCGCACACGAUGCCGAUACCGGGAGGAUCUAUUGCUGCAACCAGCAGGAUAGUUCUGUCAAACCUGGCGUUGUGUUAAUGAAAAGUUUGCUCCUUUCCCCUGCGACCUUUGCCCUUGGGCUGACUCCAAAUAUUGCUCUUCGCGAUGAACUGACUGCAUUUUCUUGCGUGAACAGAGAGACCUGCAUCACAGCCAGUGGCCGGCAUAACGUGUGCUUUAGCAAAGCCCAAGAUGUCCUGUUUGACCUCAACGCCGAGGCGCUUAAUGCCACGUACUCAUCCCUGGCCUCCGCUUCGCCAUCUGCGAGCAGCUACACUUUCGACCCUGUGAGUUUAGGUGUCCAGCCGACGUCCUCCCCUUCUACCACCAGUACUGGAACCGUCAGCACUGGAACCACUGCCUCAGCUCCUCAUUCCACAACAAACGUACAGAGCACAGUAACAGUAAUCGCCGGUACCUCUACCUCGUUGUCGGGCGGUGCCAUUGGGGGGAUUGUCGCUGGCGCGCUGCUCACAACAGGCCCCUCCUGGGCCAGGUCCUCAUCCUCCAGAACCGGCGUAUAUCAUGCCGCCUGCAGGCACAGAUUGGAAGCUCAGGGGAAACCGGUUUAUGAAACAGCGUAUACGGAGCGGCCUUACGAGGUUGAAGGGCCGACGAAACAAGUGCAUGAAGCUGGUGGGCUGGCGUCCAACAGGCACGAAUCACCGGGGCAUUGA